UUUUGCCCACAACACCUGAAAGCACCAAUAUCAGUGGCGUCUCAGAAGUUCGCUCAUCAAAUGGGUGUGGAUCAACUGCGCAUGUGCAUGACCGAGCUCUAUCGGAAGCUAAGUCAGGCUUAAAUAGGGGGUUUACAUCAAAAACCGAAAAUAAAAGAGUCAUGUCAGGUUUUCUGGACGGAAUCCGGUGCGGGGACUGUGAGUGCAAUGUGGACUGGGGAGAGAGAAGGAAUACCAUCGCAUCUGUCGCUGCUGGAGUUCUGUUCUUCACCGGUUGGUGGAUCAUCAUCGAUGCAGCAGUGAUGUAUCCUGAAGAAGCAGUGUUUCAUCAUGCCUAUCACACUUGUGGAGUCAUCGCUACAGUGGCCUUUCUCAUGAUAAAUGCCGUUUCAAAUGGCCAAGUGAGAGGAGACAGCUACAGUGAAGGCUGCAUGGGUCAGACAGGCGCUCGGGUGUGGCUCUUCCUGGGCUUCAUGCUGGCUUUUGGCUCCCUCAUAGCCUCCAUGUGGAUUUUGUUUGGAGGAUUCGUAGUGCCUCAAAAGCCCUUUGUGUAUCCUGGUAUCGCCAUUUUCUUCCAAAAUGCGUUCAUUUUUUUUGGGGGUUUGGUCUUCAAGUUUGGACGUACAGAGGACCUGUGGCAGUAAUGGACUCUAGUGUGGCUUAUGUCCACUGUUUAUAAACUCUGCUAUAAUGUAUGAAACAAUAUGCUUCAAUGGCUAUUCUGAUUCUUCUUCUUAUUCACUUUAUAUAAAAUCUUUUUUAGCUUUCAUAUUAACGUGUUUAAUUUAUAUAAUUUGCUGUAUAAUAGCUAAAUCAUAAGUAAGCACAGUUUUUCAGAGAUACCUUGAAAAGUGAAUAUUUUCAAGUGUUGCACUUCUCUAAAUGUGUCUAUUUGCACUCAGACUGUGUAGCCAUGUUGUUAUACUGGUUUACAACUUGUGUUAAAAAAUGUGUAUUUUGGGAGCCUUA